CCACUAGCGAGGCGGUGCAGUUAGCCUGUGCUCCCACAGUGCCUCAGACCUGCUCGGGAUUCAGCCAGGGCUUGACGUUUGUGUUCUUAACGUGCGUCCAUCUGUCUGUGUGUGUACAUUUCUGUGGAGGACUAAGGUUUUCAAGUAAAAGAGGAAGCCAAAGCUGUGUGUAUUUGUGGAUCAGACAAGUGCAGCAAGUUAUUAUCAUUGGCUUCUGAAGGGGAGAGUGAGGUGAUGGCUGCGUUUAAGUUGGAUUUCCUUCCAGAAAUGAUGGUGGAUCAUUGCUCUUUGAAUUCCAGUCCUGUCUCAAAAAAAAUGAACGGCACCCUGGACCACCCAGACCAACCAGAUCUUGAUGCUAUCAAGAUGUUUGUGGGCCAGGUUCCAAGGACCUGGUCUGAGAAGGACCUGAGGGAACUUUUUGAGCAGUAUGGUGCUGUCUAUGAAAUCAACAUCCUAAGGGAUAGGAGCCAAAACCCUCCUCAGAGCAAAGGGUGCUGUUUUGUUACAUUUUACACCCGUAAAGCUGCAUUAGACGCUCAGAAUGCUCUUCACAACAUGAAGGUCCUCCCUGGGAUGCAUCACCCUAUACAGAUGAAACCUGCUGACAGUGAAAAGAACAACGCUGUGGAAGACAGGAAGCUGUUUAUUGGUAUGAUUUCCAAGAAGUGUACUGAAAAUGACAUCCGAGUCAUGUUCUCUUCAUUUGGACAGAUUGAAGAGUGCCGGAUAUUACGGGGACCUGAUGGCUUGAGCCGAGGAUGUGCGUUUGUGACUUUUACAACAAGAACCAUGGCACAGACAGCUAUCAAAGCAAUGCACCAAGCACAAACCAUGGAGGGUUGCUCAUCCCCUAUGGUGGUAAAGUUUGCUGACACCCAGAAGGACAAAGAACAGAAGAGAAUGGCCCAGCAGCUCCAGCAGCAGAUGCAACAGAUCAGCGCGGCGUCUGUGUGGGGAAACCUGGCUGGUCUGAACACUCUUGGCCCACAGUACUUAGCACUUUAUUUGCAGCUCCUUCAGCAGACUGCCUCCUCUGGGAACCUCAGCACCCUGAGCAGCCUCCACCCAAUGGGAGGGUUAAAUGCAAUGCAGCUACAGAAUUUGGCUGCACUAGCUGCUGCAGCAAGUGCAGCUCAGAACACACCAAGUGGUACCAAUGCUCUCACUACAUCCAGCAGUCCCCUCAGUGUACUCACCAGUUCAGCAGGGUCUUCACCGAGCUCCAGCAGCAGUAAUUCUGUCAACCCCAUAGCCUCACUUGGAGCCCUGCAAACAUUAGCCGGAGCAACAGCUGGCCUCAACGUUGGCUCUUUGGCAGGAAUGGCUGCUUUGAAUGGUGGUCUGGGCAGCGGUGGCCUUUCCAAUGGCACUGGGAGUACCAUGGAAGCCCUCACCCAGGCGUAUUCUGGGAUCCAGCAAUAUGCUGCUGCAGCUCUCCCCACACUGUACAACCAGAACUUAUUGACACAGCCGAGUAUUGGUGCUGCUGGAAGCCAGAAGGAGGGUCCAGAAGGAGCCAACCUGUUCAUCUAUCACCUGCCCCAGGAGUUUGGAGACCAGGACCUGCUGCAGAUGUUUAUGCCCUUUGGAAAUGUCGUGUCUGCCAAGGUUUUCAUAGACAAGCAGACAAACCUGAGCAAGUGUUUUGGUUUUGUAAGUUAUGACAAUCCUGUCUCAGCUCAAGCUGCCAUCCAGUCCAUGAACGGCUUUCAGAUUGGAAUGAAGAGGCUUAAAGUGCAGCUCAAACGUUCGAAGAAUGAUAGCAAGCCCUACUGAUUGUGCUCCCCUCUGAGACUGGAGUGAGAAGAUCUUCUGGCACAGCUUGCCCAGAAGACUCAGCUACUGCCUUCUGUGGGAGUGUCGCUUCGUACAGAGGACAAGUUUGUGCUUUGGUUUCCAGUGUUUUACUUUGGAGUUUAGGUGCCAUAUCCUGAGGGUUUUUGUUUUGUUUUGUUGCUUCUUUUUCCCUUCAUUUAAAGUUUGCCGUGUUUGUAACCAGUAUGUUGAGAAGGACCAACACCAGUCCACCCUGAGGAAAGGGGAAAUGGGUUUAAAAGAUGGUCAGAAUGUGCCCCAAACCACCGAAAGAGAGGACUAAGCAGAACAGAAAAUGGAUCCCCCAAAUCUCUCUCCCUGAGUGCAAGGGUGGGAAGAAUGAGAACUAAGAUCUAAUGCACCACAAGGGCAGAGUGGGCGAGGUGGCUUGCCAUCUAGGCCCCUUCAUAACUGUCUGCUCUCUGUGGAAAUGCUGGGUUUAUGCCACUUAUUUUUCUGAUUUUUGUCCUGGAUUUCUGCCCUUCUUGCCUAAAAGGAGGUCAACAAGUCUCAGGAAAUACAGCACUUCUUAAUUUAGCCUGAAAUAUGCAAAUCACAGGGAGAUGCCCGUUACUCGCCACCCCAGCCCACCAUUGGUAGUGAUUGCAUCAUCCUGCCUGGCUGCUGGAUGUUUGGGAGAAACAGCCAAAGAGGUCAUUCUUAGUUUAUUUCGGUAUGAACUUAGACCAUGCCCAUUUCCAACAGUUCCUUUGAAGAAAGUCUGUGGAAGUUCACCACAGCAAGGAAUAUUGCCUCUUUCCCUGGCCACAAUUUUCUCAUGCGGGCAGACCUAAGAAGGUCUUGCAGCAUCUAGCCAACAAGGGUGCGGUUUGUGGCCAGAGCCAUCAAAAGCCAUCUGGUUGAGGGAGGAGGGAUCUACUUCUUGGUGUGCCUGAGUCAAGGUCGUUGAGGCCAGGAUGCUGUAUGUGAGCAGAGCCUAAUAGUCAAGAGGGUGCAGAAGUGUGUUCUGGCCUCCUCGGUGAAGGUGAUCCCCAAGUUGUUCCCACCAAGGACUGGCAGGCCUUUCCUCUAGCCCCAUCUUCUGCCCUUGAAGACAGAAGAGAGUACAGGAAGUUUACAGGCUCCAUAUGAGUUUAGUGUUCAUUUACCUCAGUAUUAGCCAUGUUCAUUUUGUCAUCACGCUUACAAUUAGCUCCCUUCUGCCUUUCACGGGUCUUAACUCCAGCCUUUGCCAGUGUCCCACCCAGCCUCUGGGCUCUGCUUCUGCUCCAAGAAAUGCUGUUGGGAAUAUGCAUCUGAGCAGAGGUAGUCCCAUAAGCAUAUGACUAACAGCCACAGCCAGGGCCUGGGUUCCAGGGUCCUUGGAAGCUUAAACCUCACACGUUUAAAAGUCUUGACUCCUAGCAGUGGAAAUUAGACGGGGCUAGCCUGCUCUAAGUCAGAUGGGCACACUCUCCCUGUCAUGCUGUCCCUGUGGAUAACAAACAGGGAUUGACCAUCUUG